AUGGCAGAGGAAGAGCAAAAGCCUCAGAAGAUACCCUCCUGGGUUGAUAUACGUCGCCCACCCAAACCUACCCCUCCAACGCCUGAACAGCGUCUCGUUCCAAGCGCCAACUCGCGAACACCUGCAAGCGCGUCCCUGGAGCUAUAUCAUAUGAGAGAGCUUGGGCAGCCAGAACAUCAGCAUGAAAACGCUCAGACAUAUUCGUUCAUGGAAAUGGCUCCUGCUCUGCAUCCGCUCAGCUUGAUGAACCUGCAGAUGUCUGCGAUUCUGGCAGCACAUCAUAUGGGAAUUGAAGCACCCAUAGAGCAGUGGGGCCACUUAAAUCCUGACUUCGUUUCCCCCAAUGGCAAUAUAGGCUUGGGAUACGGGUUUAAUCCGCAAGAAAAUCAGGCCACAACGGGUGGUGCUGACCCAGCUGCAUCUGUUCCGCUCGUAGAUACAGAACAGCUCCAGCAGCCUCACCUGGGGCAGAUUCACGAUACAAUACCAGAUGGUCAACAAGCAAGACCUUCUGCACUCGACGCGGAUACCGUUGUGGAAACCGAAACUGUAAAUGACGAUCCAUUCACUGGUACAUUGAUUGAGGGUGUUCAAUCUACGGACCCUCCCAAUUCCCCCCGCGCUUCUGUUUCUGUGCCCAAGCGCCAGCCAGAAAUCAGCGCAGAGGAAAUAGAUGCUAUUGCUGAUAGGAUCUUUGAGGACCUCUCGGACGAAGUGAAAAGACAGACUUACCUUCCACCUUCUACAGCAACAGCUACUGCUGGAGAUCUUUCAGCUGUCACAAUCAGCACAAAUCUACCCAACACUGGUCCGCCGAUCCCGUUGGGUCUGCCAACUCUCCCUCCUACGAGCCAAACACCGGAUAAUUUCAGACUGGUAACAAAUACGCAAGAGCAGAAGAAAACCCUGGAUGCUCCAUCCGCGCCAAGAUUGAUGAUACAGCGCAACGGAAGGGACAUCUCAAAGGCGGGAUCGGCAUAUCUCAGACAGGAUUCUAUUUCUCUACAAGGGGACAAGAAGGAAGAUACAGAGAAGAGACGCCAUGUUCUCGAGAAGCCGCUUGCCACACCUUCAAGAAAUUUCAAUGGAAAGUUCCGCGUCAGGGAGGGGACAAAACGUCACGGAGAAGACCAGAAGGAGGCGUCCUUGGGAUCAGAGUCCAGAAGGAUAUCUGAACAUAAUACUCAAGAUGCCCAAAGACAAAAUCAGAAGGAUAUUAACAGUGAAAAUAAGCAUACAUCAAAGGAGGACGGUAGAUUAAAGAGCCUACUGGCAUCAACUAUUGCUGAGGCGCCAUCGUCGCCUUCUUCUGUCGUAAGCCCCUGGGUUCGCCCAUCGAGCGAUACAUUAACACCGACUCACAAUCCAUUCCUCGAAUUCGAUCCCUCCAGACUCGAUUCAUGCGCCGCCGAACCUCGAAAAGGCGGAGAAAUCGCCCUUCAAGAACAGCACAAGCAAGAGUUUCGAAGGCUCACAGGAUCUGAUGGCGACAAGGACGUGGUCACGGAGAGUGGACCAAGUCCUGAGCAAUGGCCUGAGAAGAAAGUUGUUUUGCACGAGACUGUGGCUGAGGAUAGCUACGAAUCUCGGGUCAAGAUGGAACAAAAGCACAGUAGAGAUGAUACCAAUAGGGCCAAUCAUGGCGGGGAUACGGUGUUUCGGGAGGCGAGUACAAGCUUACGGGCUGAACCAUAUGCUGAUAACGAGUCAACUGAAGCGUCAGAGGCAGGCCUUCACCGCAAGAAGAACCGACGCGUUCGUCCAAAUCAGUACCUCAAACUGAUUGGUAGUGAGCUUAGUACACGGCAUGCUUUCCAACUGACAUGCCUUCCUGGGGGUUCUACUGAGAAGCAAAAGAGAGAACUGCUCAGAAAACAAGAGGAUGAGCUGGUGAAGUGGCAUGCAGCGCAAGAACUUCUAAGACAUGAAGUUGUGGAGAGAUCCAGAUCGAAGCAAGCAAUACAGGAUCCACCAAAGAGAAAGGCUACUUGCGGCACGGAGGUUGCAGAGGACGAGGGUCGCAGAAAGCUUGUACGAGCCAACGAUUCCACUGCCCGCGAGUCUCGUGUUAGGAAGGCACCGCACGAGGUGUCUCUGAUUCUGAUUUCAGAUGCUACAGUCAUCGUAGAUGGCGCUGAUGAGAACCGUAUCAUCAUCAAGCCAGGUGAGAAGUCUCCCAUAGGAACUUCUGAUGAGAAAUCUGAGCAUGUAAGUAGCGGGUAUACUGACAUGACAGAUGUUCCUAUGGACGACACCAGGCAGGAGUCUGUCGCGGAUUCUAAAGGUAUACUCGCCGUCUUCGAAAACUCCAUCGCUUUCCCGCAGUCCAGAGAUCCAGAAAACUCUAAGUUUAAGGAUGAGUACAACGAUGGGAUGCAUUAUCCUGCUCCAACGGGAGUGGUGGAGAUAUCGCGGACUCGUGAGGCUAUGGAUUCAGCUGAGGCUUUUCAAACAUCCGUGACUCCCAUUGAAGUUCAAGAAGCUCGCAUGACAAGAACUUAUGAAUCAAUCGAGUCCAGGUCUGAGAGUCCACCUAUUCCUGGAGGGGAGUGGAUCUUGGACAAUAUGCUGGACUCGCUUCCUGAUUCUGAUGGACCUCGAUUUCCUCCUGCUAUGGCAUCACCCCAAUUAAGCCCUGCUCGUGGGCUCAAAAAACACUCGUGUGUCGUCUCCUGA